CAAUUUUCACGUGGUUUUAACUGCCUACGGACCACAACAAGCUGAAUCAAGAAACUUUCCUCCUUCAGAAAUUAGACAUGCCAAAAGAAGGAAAAGCCAAGUUGCAUUGCAAGAAAGUUGUACAUCCAAACUCUAGAAAAGCUACAAAGUUGGCGAGGCAAGCACACAGAGAUGAGAAACUUCAAAGGAAGAAGACUGAGAGAAACUAUCUUCUUCAAAUAAAAGUUGGAGAAAAGUUUAGAUGGUUUUUCGAGAACAUAGAUCAUGAUAAAACAGAGUAUUCGAGUUCUGAAGUGUGUGAACUCAUUGAGAGGUAUUUACAUCGCUCUGACGAAGAGCUUCAACAAAUCAAUGAACAGAACAGUAUAAAAGGCAGACAAGGCCGAGCUCAUGCAUCAAGAGAGGACACACUGAGAAAUGUUAUUGAACGUGAAAGGGAGCUGUACAACACUUGUGGUAUAGAGCUUCCAGACCUAACAUCUGCAAAAGUGUUGGCACAAUUUGGAGAAUGGAACUGCGAUGUGGCCAGCCUCAAGCUUAUCAGGAUGCGAAAAUUCAAAUCUUCAGCUCUUGAGAAGAAACAGGAGAGAAACGACAAUGAAACAGAUGAAAACCUUAAAGAAGGAAACAUUAAAACUUAAAAUGAAAUGUAGGGUAUUGGUAUUCUGAGGUUGAUCAUUUGCAAAACGGGUUUGACCUUAAAAAAAGCCUCGAGUUGUUGUGUGGCGCAAUGGUGGCCCAACUUCUGCGAAGUCUCAGGUCAGGAAAUGAGUUUUUUGUGGGUCUCUGUGAGCGGAGGAUGGUUGAGCGUCAAAAGCAAGAGGCUGGGCAAGAGUUUGAUAUAAUCUUAACAAUGACAUUAUUACUCAAAGGUUACAUGGUACUCUGGAUAACAUUGAGAAUCAUGAAAAACUACAAAUAUGCUGGGAUUCUUAGUCUGAUCCACGACAGAAUCGUAAAGCACUUCUGGCCUCGAAGGGUGUAUCGGUGGAGGCACCUUAAUGUCUUUUUUCCCUGCACAGUACUUUCCUACCAGGACUCGGGCAAGAUACAUGUGGCGGCCAGCAUCACCAUUCCCAGUGUAAUGAACAGAGUAACUGGCGUCCCUGGCAAAGUAUACACCCUGUCCGUAUUUUGUUCCUGGAAAAAAAAUUGAAGAUUAUAAAGCAAAUCGUAUAGAAAUCGUUGGCGGGUGUAUUUGCAAUAAUUCUUAUCCGGAGUGUAAUGACCUCUGGGGGCAGUGUGACCGAGUAGUCAGGGCGCUGGGGCUUGUAAUCUGGUGGUCUCAGGUUCAAGCCCUCCACCCUGUUACACACUGGAUUUGUUUUCAUUUGCCCCGAUUCAAUUCCUUUGCUGCGCUUUGUAUAGAGCCAACUGGUCUGCCUCAUGUCAGUUGGGAUUCUUAAACACUUUGUUUACAAUGUCUGUUCCAAUUUGCUUGUAUUUUCAAUUUGUUUGUAUUAACCCUGAAAAGUACCGUUGCGAAGUGAUCAAUUAAGUGUACAUUACAUUACUACAUAUGCAACUUUGAACGA